AUAGUCAAUGUUUGAGUGUGAUUUGUCUGCAAUACUAAAUGUCAUAGUUAUUAGAAGAGUACCUAGUAUUUUUGAGCUGAAUAAUAUCGAGAUGGCUGAAAACAGAGAGGAAAUUCUUGCAAAUUUCCAGGGAAUUACAAAUAUAGAAGAUGUAGCUGAGGCCAUAUUUCAUUUAGAAGAAACGAAUUGGGACUUACUUUCAGCAAUCAACAGAGUAAUGCCUCAAGAUGGCAACAACUCUGCAUCUCAGUCCAACGACACUCAUGACGUUGAGAUGAUAGAUGAUGAUAUAUCUGUGAUAACUCCAAAAACACACCCACCUGAUCGGGAGGAUAGUAAUCAAGCUUCAACGUCGUCGCGUAAAUAUAAUUCAAUCGACUUAGUAGAAUUACAAGUUCACUGUAAUAAUAAAAUACAUGAAAUCAAAAUGUCUGGUUCAGCAACAGUCAGCGAUCUCAAGAAGCGUCUAGAGCUAGUAUGCGGGGUACCGGUUUGUCGACAGCAGAUCUCGGGUCUGGGAGGGUCUCGUGCGACUUCAUCCGCAGCGCUUUCCAGCCUUGGCCUUGCAAGAAACGCUGUGCUAAGGCUCAAGGCGGCUGAUAGACUUAUGGAAGAUGACGAGGUAGCAGAAAGACUAACAACAACGUAUGUCCUCCGGGUGAAACACGACGACAGAGAAUAUACGCUCAAGUAUCCAGGAACUAAAACUGUUCAAGAAGUUAAGAAUGAUCUCUACUCUCUUACAGACAUACCUGUUCGGCAUCAGGUCUGGACUGGCUGGCCCACUGUAACAGGCUUAGAUGACACAGUGCUCGCCAUGGUCGGUCUAGACUUGCCUCAACACGAAUUAACUGUCAAACGUGCGCCUAGCAAACAGAGGGAGUACAAGAGGAUAAUAGUCGAAAGUUCGGACAGUGAAAACAGUUCAGUGGAAGAAGUUGAAGAUGGCGACAGCUUCCCAACAGAAGAUGAUAUGUUUGUUGACGUACCAUCAGAAAGGUUACAGCCACUCAUGUCUGACAAUGUAGAAGAUGAAGCAUUAGGGUGUAUAGAGUUUGCACAACGAUUCCGAGCUCGGUAUGGACCAAACACACCCAAUUUCUUUGAAGGAACUCUACAAGACGCCAUCAAGGAAUCCUGUCUAAAACCUGCUAAAGAGAGAAAGCUACUAGGAGUAUAUUUACACCAUGAACAGUCAGUUCUAUCAAAUGUGUUCUGUGCUCAACUAUUAGGUUGUGAAACUGUACUACAAACUCUCGCUGCUAACUUUGUUCUUUACGGUUGGGAUCUCACACAUCCGCAAAAUAAUAAUAUGUUGCUGUCAUCAGUGGCGAGCGCGCUGGGUGCGGUGGCCAGCAUGACAAUCCGCAGCAUCCCCGUGGAGCGCCUGCCCGCGCUGCUCAUCAUCAUGCGCGUGCGCUCCAACACCGAGAUCUACUCUGUCAUCAAUGGUAACGUAGGAGUGUCUGAAUUAGUGGGAGGUCUAGUCGAGGCGUUAGAGAGAUUCGCAGCUCAACGUGAAGAGGACGCGAGGUUAGAGAGGGAGAGGGACGCGCGACAGCGUGUCAAACGAGAGCAGGAUGAGGCUUACCAACGCAGUCUUGAGGCUGACAGGGCGAAAGAAGAAAUUAAAAAGCAGCAAGAAUUAGAAAGAAAUCAAGAAUUAGAAAGAGCGGAAUCAGAAAGGUUAUUAGAAGAAGCCAGGAAAGAGGCGCUACGUGCGGGGGCAGAGGCACGUGUACCCGCCGAGCCGGCCGAGGGCGAGGGCGACGUAGCGCGCGUGCGCGUCCGUCUGCCGCCGCCGCACCACGCCUGCCUCGAGCGACGCUUCCACGCGCACGACACGCUCGCCGCAUUAUUAGAUUUUCUUGCAUCAAAAGGUUACCCUCAAGAAAACUACAAGGUCAUCGCUAGUUGGCCUAGAAGAGACCUCACAAUGGAAUCUCACAGCAGUACACUGAAGGCGCUCAAGUUAUACCCACAAGAGACGGUCAUGUUAGAGGAGCGGUGAAUGUUCCGCAUAGCGCAACACGUACAGGUUUCACGACAAAGCGAGGGUAUUCCACACAAGUCCCAAAAUACCCACAAUGAGGGUAUUCCCCACAAAUUCCACGUGCAAUUCCACAGAAAAUUCAAUUGCAAACCUUACCUACAUAUUCAUAGACCAACUUCUGUUAUUAAAAUACCCUGUCAUAUAUAAUUGUAUCUAUAAUUUUAUUUCUUUGUCUGUUUCGAUGAUAUGUUUAAAUAAAUUUUACGUUUAUGAAACUUAUUUUCUGUUACUUUAAUGUUAGGAGUAAUAGUCAACGUAUUGUGUGUGUGAUUGGUUUUGUUUCACAUGAAAAUGUAAGCAAUGUUUCUUUUUUUAAAUGUACAACUACAUAAUUUAUAUACGAAAAUUAAUAAAUAUCAAUUAAAUUAAACAUUAGUCGCAUUGUUAUUUAAAAUAUAUAUAUUUCAAGAAAACUAAUCUAAUCCGUCAACCUAAUGCUAGAUUUUGUUAUACAAAGAAGGACAAGCGUUCUCUAUAUUCUUUAAUUUGUCGACUACGGAUCUAGAUAUUUUAUACAAUAGUGAAAAUUCUCGUAUGGCAAUCCUAUUUUUAUAAAUAAUAUUUAUUAUAAAAAAAAUUAAUAUAUUGACGGUACCCUUACUAUUUGUUUGCUUAUACAUUCAGUCUUAAAAUUUGCAAACAACUUAUAUAUUUUCGAAAUAGAAGUAUAAGUCUUGCGCAAAUAAUACAUAAUAAUGUAAAUAUCGUGAAACUCGUACGACGCGAAAAGAGUUGUAAUUCCACAGCGUAGAUAUUUUUAUUUGUAAACAAUUCUUUUUUGAAUUGUGUACCUCAAGAGUUUUUUAUGUUCUUCGUUUAUAUUUAUACAAAUGGUACUAUAUGAAUAAUAAAAUUGAUAUGUAUGUGACCUGUUACUGAUGGCUAUAUGUGCAAGCAAAAUUAAAAAAAAAAAUUGUGUAAAAUAUUAAUUUUAAAGUAUUAAGUUAUUAAAAGAGGGUAAGUUACAAAAUUAACAGAAGUGAAAAAGAAAUAUAAAAAAAAAGAGAACAAAAAUUAUAAAAUAAUUGUAAUGAUAUAUUCAGUCCAAAUUAUUUAUUUCGAUUAAUCAAUAGAUAUUUAUCGACAAAAACAGAUAAAACAUAAAAACGUCCCUUUCAAGAAGUGUGCUUGCGUAGUAGCCUCUUACCUCGUAUCCGUUUUAUACCCACCGAAAAACAAAAUUGUAUUCACUAAAUUGUACCACUGAACUACAAUAUCUAUACUUCAGCAUACCUAACAAACAACAGCUGAUAUACAACAAAUUUUACUUAAAAGUAAUUACUAAAUUUUUAAUCAUUUUGUUUGUCAAAAGUAAUAUUUUUUCAAUUCGGUCUAGUUAAAAAAAUGUGUGCGAGGUAGCGAGUAACAGUACCGAAGCAUAAUAUGAAAUGUAUGAAAGCAGCUACAGAAUUCUGAACUUUGUAAUUUUUCACCGAAUCACGUGAUUGUAAGUGUAUUGAAGAAAGUUAUGUACUCAAAUAAAUAAGCAGUCGAAA